CUGAAUAAUGCUGUAGUAAUGCCUAAAGUAGUGUUGUGCCUGACCUGUUUUCCAGUCCUGUUCCUGUUACCUGAAGAGCACUGCUGAUUUUCUAUCCUCCCAGGGAGGAGAGAGAGAGUAGAGAGAGCACCUGAGAUAAAAGGUAGAGGAUUAUUGUCUCCACCUUUUUUCUGUCGGUGUGAGGCAUCACUCAACAUAUGCACAGAAGCACCAGGAUGAGAUCUGGCUGGAUUAAAGGAGUACUUAUAGCCUUUGUCAGUGCUUCGUCCUUGUUAUACCUGGGCUCCAUUAAGAGGGAGGUCCAUACCCAUACGGAGAGACUCCAGAGGGCCCACCAGAAUGACUCCAUCAGAGGCCAGGGAAUGCUCAAGAGGAUGGACAAGAUGGAAGCAGACAUCAACACUCUACUCAAUCUGAUGAAUAAACUUGAAAAGAAGGAACUGGUGGCACAGAAGAAGGAAGAGGUGAAAAAGGAGAGGAAGGUAGUGAGGAAGAGGUUCCCAAACUCGGCUCUGUUCAUGAAGUGGGGUGAUGAGCUGUCAGAGGAGGAGCAGAAGGAGGCGGAGAAGUUGUUUCAGAGAUACGGCUACAAUGCCUACCUCAGUGACAGACUCCCCCUCAACAGAGAGAUCCAAGACACCAGACCCCACAGGUGUGCUGAGAGGAAGUACCCAGAGGAUUUGCCUACCAUCAGCGUUGUGUUAAUCUACCUGGAUGAAGCUCUUUCUGUCAUCAAAAGGGCCAUCCGCAGCAUCAUAGACAAGACACCAGCUCGGCUGCUGAAAGAAAUCAUACUGGUGGACGAUCACAGUAGUAACGAGGAUUUAAUGGAGAAACUGGAUGAAUACAUCACGUUGAUCCACGAGGAGUGUCCAGGCCUGGUGAAGAAAGUCAAGCACUCUCAGCAGCUCGGCCUCACGCAGGCCAGACUCUCAGGAUGGAAGGUUGCUGUAGGGGACGUGGUGGCCAUCUUGGACGCUCACAUCGAAGUCCAUGUGCAAUGGGCGGAGCCAUUGUUAGCCCGCAUUAAAGAGGACCGCACCAUAGUACUAACGCCGGUGUUUGACAAAGUCAAUUUUGAUGACUUGACGCUGAUUCCCUACGUACCUGCGGCUGAUGCCUUCGACUGGGCUCUGUGGUGCAUGUAUGAAAGCUUCAGACCUGAGUGGUACACUUUAAAGGACGAGUCACAACCUGGCAAGAGUCCGUCCAUCAUGGGGAUCCUUGUAGCUGACCGCAAGUUCUUUGGAGAGAUCGGAAGCCUUGACGGUGGAAUGAAAAUAUAUGGUGGUGAAAAUGUGGAGCUUGGCAUCCGGGUGUGGCUUUGUGGAGGAAGCAUAGAGGUUAUACCUUGCUCGAAAAUUGCCCACAUCGAACGAGCAAAGAAGCCGUACCUCCCGGACCUGAGUGUGAUGGUGAAGCGUAAUGCACUGAGGGUGGCGGAGGUAUGGUUGGAUGAAUAUAAAUAUAAUGUCAACAUUGCCUGGAACCUUCCCCUAGAGAAUCAUGGGAUAGACAUUGGGGAUGUGACGGAGAGGAAGAAGCUGAGAGAGAGGCUGAACUGUAAGCCCUUUAAGUGGUAUCUGGAUAAUGUGUACCCCAUGCUGGACCCCCUACAUGACAUCAUCAGCUAUGGAGCCCUGAUAAGUGACCUGAAGCAAGAUCUCUGUAUUGACCAAGGCCCAAUGCCUGGGAACACGCCGAUUGUUUAUGCAUGCCACUACUACUCACCUCAGCAUUGUUAUUAUCGCUCCAAUGGAGAACUCUACAUUGGUGGAAUCAAAUCUCACAAGUACAACAACAACCGCUGCCUGGUGGAUGUCGGCACUGGACUCUACCCGGGGCUGUAUGACUGCAAAGUGGCCCAGCAGAAAAAGUUCCACAUGCUGUGGGAUUUUAAACAGGAUGGACCUAUCCAGAACAGAGAAACAAAGAGAUGUCUGGAAGUUGCGAUGGGGGAAGACGGCUAUUACAAACUUGUUGCUCAGCAGUGCACUGGUCAGAGCUGGAAAAUACAAAAUCUCGUCAAAGACCGCCUGAAGACAAGAUAAUAGAUGAGCCAAUGUUUGAAAAAAAAAAAACAAACAAAACAAACCAAAAAAAAAAAAAAACCCCAUCUCAUGUCAGAAAAAGAUCUACAAUAACUGCUUCUCUUUGGGGUGAGUUUACAUUUUGCCCUGGACGACUUGUAUCCACAAGAGUCCCAAGGUGCAAGAGCAAAGUUGUGAACUGGAUCACAAAGAAGUGAUCAUUUUUAUUUAAUUCUUGUUUCUGCAUCACAUGUUAUCGACAAAUGUAACGUUGACACAAUGUGAGCUACCACUGAGUAGUGAUUUUUUUUUAUUUUUUAUUUUUUGAAUACAAAAAUACUAUUACAGUUU